UCCACACCACAACCAUGGCCUGCAACAACCUCUGUGGACCCACCCCGCUGGCCAACAGCUGCAACGAGCCCUGUGCCCUGCAAUGCCAGAACUCCAGCGUCAUCAUCAACCCUUCCCCUGUGCUGGUCACCAUGCCAGGACCCAUCAUGACCUCCUUCCCCCAGAACACCGCCGUCGGAUCCACCUCCUCAGCUGCCGUUGGCAGUGAACUCAAUGCCCAGGGACAGCCCAUCUCUGGUGGCUUUGGCUUUGGCCUUGGCUAUGGGCUGGGAGGCCUGGGCUGCUAUGGCAGAAGGGGUGGCUACAUCUGCUAAGGGCCCUCGGCACCACUCCUGACAACACCAGCUCGUUCCUCUGGCAGCAGCUCCUGCAAGCAAAGCACUUGGGCUGAUGGUAGCCAGAAUUGCACAUCAGACCAGCCCUUUUCAACUUCUUCCUCUUCCCUCAUCAUUCU